GUACUAUUGCCUGAACCCUCGUUUGAUGGACAAAAAACUACUUAUCAUUUGCGUGAACAAAGCAUACACACUUUGAGACAAUAUUCCAAAUUUUAUCAAACAAAUAAUAAUAAUAAUAAUAAUAAUAAUUACAAUAAUUCCACUAACAACAAUCAUAUAAUAAACUCACAACAACAGCAACAAUACUGUGGACAAACGGCACCUAGUUCCUCAAUAUUCCUAACACCGGCUGGUCCGGCUAAAAGUCAACAACAACAACCAAAUAACUCCUUAAUGUCUCCUAAUCAAAGCAUGUAUUGUGCUACUCAAGUACCUUCUCCCGCAAACCAUUCAAACUCUACAUCUAUACAAAAUGGCAAUUUCAUGGAUUAUAAUAAUCUCUCAGCAGCAGGCGUUAGUACACCGGGUUAUUAUAAUAUGGCUACUACUUCUCAACAAAAUCAACAACAUCAUCCUGCCAUGUCUCAUCAUAAUCAUCAAUUAUCCUCCUCGUCUCAGUUGUCUAAUAAUUGUUCUGUUGCAAUAACAUCAUCUGAAUUUAAAUAUCCCCAGCUGCGUAAAACAUGUCGUUUUAAUGCCCGCAAGAAAUUCCAAUUUGCCAUAUUAGUGGUAAGAGCUGUUAUACGUAUACGUAGACUACGUUAUACCGCCGAACCGCUACACUGUGAAGAGGCUAUACGUGAUCCUUAUAGAGUUAAAGUGUUGCGUAAAGUUAUUGAUGGCUGUGCUUUUAGAGUUUAUGGCCAUUGGGUUAAAAAGGGUGAAGGUCAAAAUCGUGCCGCCCUAUUCGAAAAUACACCGCGUACUGAAUUACAUGCUUUGUAUAUUAACAAUUUAAGUCGAUAGUUAGUUUUUCCUAUUUAGAACUACAUACGAUAUCGUUAUUAUUACAAUUAUAAUUACUUUAUAUUAAUUUAAUUAUAUUUUAAUUUAGUUUUGUUUAACAUAAAAUAACCUAAAAGAACUAUACACCCCCGCCCCCCUUCUCACCAAAAUUACUCAUUUUAUUUUACCAAAUCUUUGUUAAUUUAAAAACAAAAUCUCUCCCUUUACUUUGUUAUAUAUUUUUUUUAAUUUAUAAGUCUUAAAAAAAUAUUUGAGCUUAAUGCGUUAGUUAAUAUAAUUAAUAAAUAUCGUAAUGAAUACAAUGAAAAUAAGAAAGUAAAUAAAUUGUUAUAUUAAUGUUAAUUAUAAAUUAGUCCUGUAACUAAUACUACAGCCCCCCCCCCUUAUUAUUGAACAAAUUCGUAUUGUUAUUAAGUUAAUGUUGCUUUAUUAUUAUAUUAUUUUUAUUCUAUUUAAUUUUGCGCUGUUUUUAUUUUAAGUUUUGAAAACUAUCUAUUUUAAACUUUUCGUUUUUAGUAGUUUUUCUUUUAAGAGUUUUGAAUCAUAUCAAAAUUAUAAUAAGUCCUUUUUAAACUAAUUAACUUUUAUUAUUAUUAUUAAUUUUUGUUAAAAAUUUUGUUAUUUUUUAAGUUGAAAACAAAAAAUUAUGUUAGAAAAUAAAAUCCCAAUUAAGAAAAAUUUAUUUAUUAAUAUAACAAAAUAAAGAUUUCUUUGUUGAUAAAACACUAAAAAGCAAAA